AUGGGGGAUGGGGGAUUGGAGCAGAUGUGGUGGGAUUUGCCGUUUGGGUCGGUCAUUACUGUCGAUCUGCCAGUACCUCUGGGUGGUGGGAGGGAGGAAGAGGUGGCAAUGGUGGCGAGGUAUGGCGUCGAGCAGGGGAUGCUUGGGGUUGAGAAGCUUGAGGAGAUGUGGAAAGGGGACGUGGUGAGCUGGGAUGGGGUGGAGGUUGUGGAGUGGGAGCGGCUGCGGUUCGGGAUGCAGAUGCACGAGGUGAUUUCCUUGGUUACCGUGGAUGGGCUUGCGGGUGAGGAAGAGGUGGUGUUCAAGUCGGUGCUGCAGGAGCAGCGGUACAUGUACAAUGAGCUGAAAAUACUGCUCUCGCUCGAGGCACAUCCCAACGUCAUCUCCCGGCCGAUAGGAGUGGUCACCAAGAAGGGGCGGUUUGGCAGUCGGAGGGGUGUGUGUGGGUUCUUGCUGGAGUGGUUCCCUCUAGGGUCGCUGAGAGAGAGGUUGCUCGGGGACGAUUAUGAUACAACGACGUCUAUGACGCAGCGGCUGAGGUGGGCAUGGCAAGUCACCGAGGCCUUUGUCCACAUCAACCGCCACAAACAAGCGGGGUUCUAUCCGGAUCUCAAGCCCGACAAUAUUGUCCUGAGGGAGGACAGGAACACGGGGAUGCUGGACGCCGUGCUCAUUGACCUGGAACAGCGCGGCGGUUGGUUUGCAUGGAGUCCACCCGAGGUGGCCUACGUGGAAUAUCUAGAGAUGCUGGCAGAUGGCUCCGGGUUGCCGGAUGGCGAGCUGAAGGAGGAAAUCGUGGAGCAGUUAAAGGCCUACUACGAUGACCCUGACUGGUUGCCAGGGACGGGGAGCCAUCGCUACCGAAACAACGAAGGCGGCUUCAGCUUGCCAUGGUUGGCCUUACUGAAGCAGAGGCAGGCUGGUGGCGAAGGCAGAGAUCUGCUGGAGAAGGCACAGGUGUUCAUGCUGGGGAAACUCCUCUGGUGCAUUUUCGAGGGCCAAGCCAUGGUCCGGUGUGGCAUCGAUCACGAGAUUCUGCGGGAUGUCGAUCCCGAUUACGAGUCAAGACGGUUGGGCAAGGCGAGGGCAUUCCCGGAGUUCAGGAGGACGCCCGAGGCUCUGCGCGCGCUGAUCCGAGCUUGCACCGCUGGAGCUCCUGAGUGGAACACCCAGGAACCAAGAUUGCCGGGUGUAGUCCUGCGUGGUGGAAAGCUCUACCCAGCCGAUUCAGGGGCAGGUCUUGCGGCCACUUCCGGGGAUACACGAGCCGCAGUCAAAAGAUUCUGGGCUCAGGAGGUUGAGCAGGCAAGGAUAUUCAUGUGCGAGUUGCUUGCAUUUAGGGGCAAGCUGCCGGAGGGUGAACCGACGAGGGCACUGCAACGGCCUGCAUCGGUAUCAAGUCCGACCUUGCUGGAACAAGUGCAGACACGUCCGCGCUUUUCAGCCAUCCUGGACGAGUUGACACGCAUCGAGAGGAGUCUGUGA